AUGUUGCAAAACAAGCGGUGAGUUUGCUCCUGAAACUCAACACAUGUGAAUUUUAUGAUUAAAAUCUAGUGUCGGGGGUUAUUGGUUUUUAUCUUUUAAUUAUGUCUUGUUUAUUAUUUAAUCGUAGUUUCUUGGUUCGCCGAGAAAGUAUGAAAUUCUGUGAAUAUGUUAUUAAAUCUAAAUCAUACGUUAAUGUUAGUAAAAGAUGUUAUACAUUGAAAACACCAGUUACUCUAUUGACAUCAAAUGUUAACCUGAGAUCCGGUUUAAGGAAAGCCAUUCACAAUCAGAGAAGAUUCUCAUCGUCAACAUCAUCUUCUUCAUCGUCAUCUUUAAAUAAAAUUCUCAUUGGUGGUGGUUGUCUAGUUGUUAUAGGCUCCAUUGUUUAUUUUUCAAGUCAAUCUACACCAGAGAAACCUAAAGAGAAAAAAGAUGACCAGAAACCCAAAGUACCAAAAGAGAAACCUAAAAUUGAAAAUCUACCCGAUUCCAUUGAUUAUCUUUUGAUUGGUGGUGGUACAACAGCAUUUUCAGCCUUUAGAUCUAUCCGGGCCAAUGAUCCAAAAGCUAAAGUUUUAGUUAUCUCGGAAGAAAAGUACAAUCCAUACAUGUCUCCACCAUUAUCCAAGGAGCUUUGGUUCAGCGAAAGAGAGCUAUCUGAUAAACUGUCUUUCCGCCAGUGGAAUGGUCGAGAGCGAAGCAUUUUCUUUGAACAUCCAGAAUAUUAUGCUGACCUUAAAACACUGAUUGAAUCAGAGACUGGCGGUGUAUCUCUGGUUAAUGGUUACAAAGUUGUGGAGUUAAGCCCAUCCGAGAAAAGAGCUUAUCUUGACAAUGGCCAGUCUAUUGGUUACAAAAAAUGUUUAAUAGCUACCGGUGGACGUCCUAAGAAUUUGGAAUUGUUUGAAAAGGCGCCAGAAAAUGUUAAAGAAAGGGUUUUACUUUACAGAUCGGUUGAUGAUUUUUUGAAAUUAAGGAACAUUUGUGACUCUAAAAAAUCAGUAACCAUUAUUGGAGGAGGCCUUCUCGGUAGUGAGUUAGCAUGUGCUCUUGGCCGCCGAUCACAAGUCCUUAAAAGCCCCACUCAAGUAAAUCAAAUUUUCCCUGAAGCUGGUAAUGUUGGUAAAUUACUUCCAGAAUAUCUUAGUCAAUGGACAUCUGAAAGAAUUAAAUCAGAGGGUGUCAAUAUCAUUCCUAAAACUGAGCUUGUUGGUGCUCGCUUACAAAAUGACAAACUUUUAUUAGAACUGAACAAUGGAUCUACACUAGAAACUGAUUAUGCUGUUGUGGCCGUUGGACUACAGGCUAACACGGAGCUAGCUAAAUCUGCAGGACUAGAGGUUGAUGAAGUUCAGGGAGGUUAUCUUGUCAAUUCAGAGCUACAAGCUCGAAGUGAUAUUUGGGUUGCUGGUGAUGCUAGCUGCUUCUAUGACAUGAAGCUCGGUAGAAGACGAGUUGAACAUCAUGACCAUGCUAUAAUCAGUGGACGACUUGCUGGUGAAAAUAUGACUGGAGCUGGUAAACCUUACCGCCAUCAAUCAAUGUUUUGGUCUGAUUUAGGGCCUGAUAUUGGAUUUGAAGCCAUUGGUCUAGUAAAUUCUUCAUUGCCUACUGUCGGAGUAUUUUCCAAGAAUGAAAAAUCACCAGAAAGUGAAGAUAAAAGUGUUGAAACCGAUAAACCUCGAGCCCCUCAAUCCGGUGAUGAGUUCAGUAAAGGUUUAAUUUUCUAUUUAAAAGAUGACGUUAUUGUUGGUAUAGUUUUAUGGAAUGUAUUCGAAAGAAUAUCAAUUGCAAGAAGAAUUAUUUCCGAAGGAAAACCUUAUGAAGAUCUAGUGGACGUUGCUAAACUUUUCAAUUUAGAGGACAGGCCAGCUGAAAUUGAAGCUGACCAGGAUGCUGAAAAGGCUAAGACCGAAGACAAAGAAUAAUGGAGAUAAAUUAGAUUUAUAACUGUAACAUUGAUAAAGCUUACAUGUGGGAUUGACUUGUGAGAACACAUCAUUGUAGUUUUUUGAUAUACUUUAUCAGUUUAACUGAUGAAAUUCAUUAAACAAUUUAAUGCAACUACUCAUUCAGCAAUGCUAAUUAUUGACUCAACACUAAAUAGCAUUUUCACAAACUAUCGGCCGAAUAGUCAGUUAAUUUGUAUUUAAAAGACAGCAAUGGAAAAUAAACUUGCUAAUCCAAGCUUAUCAUUCUUCUUU